GGUCCAUCUAUUGCCAGGACAGUAAAUUUAAGCGACACUUGAAGGUGCUUCCACCAGGCCAUGUGUAGACAAUGCACCACAUACAAUGGUUGAUAUGAGCAGAACACAUAUGAGUCAAGCCGUGAGGCUUUUGUGCAUGACGUAACGGAGGACCCGUUCAAAGCUUCCCAAUUAUAGUCUUGUUUUCAUACGAACCAUUUGUUGAUUCUCUGAGACUCUUAACACACGACAACGACCUCUGACACUCUUAACACACGAAAACCAUCAAUGUGCAGUCUACAGGAGGAGGAUGCUAUGGAGGAUGACAAACCAUGCCAAAGUAUCUCAUCCCAUCAGACUUGUCCGAUGGAGAUAGUUACACCGUCCGACGGUCAAGCAGUUGUACAGGUGUCAGAAACAGCUACCUUACAAGGGCUCUCGUUCGAGCUAAAGCAGAGGAUAUGUGAAUUGAUUGAUCCCACUGAUGCUAGAAGCCUGUCUCAAACAGCUCGAGUGUGGCGGCAAAUACUGUCUCGGCGACAGUUCUGGCAAGAGAGGCAGAUUCUGAGGUUCGAUCGUGCAAUCCUAUUAAGUGCUGAGCUAGACAAUAGGGUCUUGGACACCCAGUGCAAGGCCUGCGGGACGACAAAACUACUUUCAGAGUUCACUGGCAAACAAAAUUGUACAAAAUGCCAUCCAGAUGAAACCAUCCCUAAAACAAACGCCAAAAAGGAAUACGUAUUAACCGAGAAGGAUUUAUCCAAACUCUAUUAUGUCCGGCGUAAAAAUCCACGGUACAGAAGCACACGCCCAAUGCAUCUCUACUUGCGCUCUGACGUUGCCGCCUACGCAUAUGCCAAAUACCACGGUCCCAAAGGCCUCGCAGCAAUGCACAAGAAAAUGCGCAAUCUCGAAAAAGCUAGAGAAAUGCAUACUAAAGCCCGCAUCCAAGCCCGACGGGAAAAGCUUGCAAAAGAACUUAAAGUCUACCAUCUUGACCUCCGAGACGAUUCAAAGACAUGCAAUGAUUACAUUCAGGGUAUCAACAAUGUCACACUCCCUGAUGCCGUCAAAACCAUGCGUCACAUGCAUAUUGUGCACAUCCACACCAACUACCACCAACUAUUGGACCAAAACCUGGAUGCAGCACGUAACGCAGGACAAAAGUCCCCUGGAUUCGUUAAAGUGUGGGAAAAGACAAAGAAAAAGGUUGAACGUGAGGCAAUGGAGGAGCUGCGGAGUGCGGAACGGGGGUAUUGGGCAUUACCGGCUAAUAAACGGAAUGCGGAGAUGUGCGCGUGUGGUAAAGUGUUGUUGAAAGAUUGGAUGGCGGCUAAAAAGUAA